GAUUAAUCCGAUCAAUAGCAGUCAGAACCAAAUAAACAGAACGAAAGUAUUGGAAAUGGUGAUGGAAUUGAUUUUAGUUUGAUUCUUCUCCCAUUUAACAUGAAUGAAUAUGAACUAUAAACUAACUUCGGUUUGACAUUACACACAGAACAAGUGUAUAAUUUGCAUGACUUGAGCGAUAGAUGAAACGAUUUUCCGGACGUCGAUCUCUAUUUUAAGUGUGAAGAUCUUACUGAUAGUUGGAUUUAUAAAUCUUGAGACGUGUAAUAUGUAUAUUCACAUAUCAGUGGAAUGGAAAUCCCUUGGCCUGUUUCCACAUCAAAUAAUUCGCUUGCGAAUGCGACUGCAAAGUCCAGAUAAAUAUUGAAAACUGUGAAUUAUCUUGAACUCUGAUAACUAGGAAAGAUUUCAACAAUAAGCCGGUUCGUUAUUAAAGAGGUCGGUCAUAUCAGAGAUAUUACCGAGUUAAUACGAGCAGGGGGUCAACGAAGAAACACCAUGGAGGAUAAUGAUAAAUCGGAAGACAUUUCUGUAGAACAUUAUCGGAAUAUAGACACCAGUGAAAGAUAAAAUAAUCGGGAGAUGCUACUGAAGACUUAGAUAAAACUAGCGACUCGGCAACAAACAACUGUCAAGAGACUACUGCUAACCAGAUAGACUUAGGAGAAGAACAUACUCACUUAGUAAUUUAUUUGGUUGACGAAACAUAUGAUGACGAUUCUGUUAACCAGUCACAUGUCAAAGUCUUUGUGUGUAAUAUAAAUGAUAAGUCUGAAACUGAAAUAUCUACCAAAAAAGGAAAUCAACAAAAAAGAACUCGAGAAUCGAAUGAUGCCACAAAUAUUGAAUAUCAGUCAAAUGACAACGAAUUUUGUCAGGUAACCGUAACAUAUAAAAAUAUCAAAUGGAAGACAAUAUUGAAACAGAAAAAUCUCAAAUGGUAGACAAUAUUGAAACAGAACAAUCUACAAUGGCAGACAAUAUUAAAACAGAAAAAUCUCAAAUUGAAGUCAAUAUUGAAACAGAAAAAUCUCAAAUGGAAAACAAUUUUAGAAAAGAAAAGUCUCAAAUGAAAGUCAACAUUGAAACAGAAAAAUCUCAAAUGGAAAACAAUAUUAAAACAGAAAACAUUCAAAUGGACGACAAUAUUGAAACAGAAAAAUUUCAAAUGGAAGACAAUAUUGAAACAGAAAAAUCUAAAUUGGAAAACAAUAUUAAAACAAAAAAAUUUCAAAUGGACAACAAUAUUGAAACAGAAAAAUCUCAAACGGUAGACAAUAUUGAAACAGAAAAAUCUCCAGACGAAUUAUAUGUUGUUAAUCCAGUAACAGAAUGUUCAUUAUCAGAAGAUUAUAUGUUUAUGCAAAGAGCUCCGUCACACAUUACUGUUUCUAAAUGGGCAAUGAAAAACACACCUACAAGAAGAAUGAAAUCAUCCGAUUCAGUAAUAAAGGAAGAGGUUGAUGCAUUAACAAGACAUAAUUCAAAGAAGAAACUGAUAAACAAUUUGGGUAUUAAUGAUAAUGCUGGUGAGGGCAUUGGGAUAGAAAGCACCAAAGUUUGCAUGAAUAUUGCAAACACUUCGGAAUCAAUGCACAAGGAAGGCGAAAACGAUUAUCGACUGGCAACAAACAACGAUGAAGGGAUAAAAUCAAAAAGAGACCGAUUGUCUGGGGGCGUUCCCGAUGAUGAUACGGAUUCGAAUAAUUUACACUCAUCUUUACAAUCGAUAAAACAUGAAGAUAUUGAGACUGUUAGAAGUUGUAUGGAUUGUAUUAAGCCAGUACAAGUUAAAACUUGGAAGGAAAUCCUCCGAGGCGAUCAUAUCAUUCUUUCAAGGAGUUUUUAUGAUCAUCACGCAAUUGUAGUUAGAGUAAUUGAACCAGAGGAUGAUAACAGUGAUAAGAUUGAUUUAGAACUAAUUCAUCAGACAAACAGUCCGAUGGGUGCCGUUUGGGGCAAAAUUCGUCCUAAAGGAACACUAGCCAAAUUACAACGUAAAAUUGAAACUGUCAAUUUAAAAACAGACAUAGUGAUGAUUUGUAAAUAUUGGGGAAGCAUAAAGCCGAGUACUCCAGAAGAAGUGGUGAAACGGGCAAUUGGGGCUUUACAAGUAGACCAGGAGGAAUUUCGGUAUGAUAUUAUUGAUAAUAAUUGCGAACAUUUUGCGUCUUGGUGCGUGACUGGAACAAGACUCAGCGUUCAAAUAAGAAAAGUAAGGAUUGUUCUUAAAAUAUUUUUUAAGUUAAGGAAAGGAUUCCGUGGUCUUAGUGACGAACUAUUAAGAAACCAGGUCGAAUAUGAACAUGGUAUGCUUUGUAAAAUGUGCUUCGAGAGAAAUAAGAAAAUGCUUAGUGUAACAAAAAUGAAAGUUCUACAAAAAGACGAUAUACAAAAAGGGGACAUAAUUUUGUAUAGCUAUUUCAGACUUCUACACUGUUCAGUGGUUCUUGAUGUCCUCAGUCGUAAGGACAAAUAUAUUGAGUGCGAGAUUGCACACUAUGCAUUCAAGGGGCCAUUCACACAGAAAAAAAUACAAAGUGAUAUUUUGAAAGUUCCGUUUAAUGGAUCAGUUUCUGUAUUUGAUUACUCGAGUGAAUUUAAAACCUAUGAUCCGGAGGAAGUAGUUCGUCGAGCAAGGGAACGAAUAGGAGAGCAAAUGUUUUCUUAUUUUUCCAAUGACUCAAGCCACUUCGCCCGCUGGUGUAAAUUGAAAUUGUUGAACUAAUGAAUAGAAUAGAAUAGAAUAGAAUAUUCACCAAAUUAGGGCCCCAGGAGGGCAUAUAGCAUAUAAACAAUAACAUUUGCAAUGCAAUCUAGACAAUAUGAAAAAAUAAAUACUUUGGUCACUCUUGAAUCUUAUACAAACACAUUAGCUUGACAGAACUAAUCGUUCGCUGAUUAGGGAUAAAUAAUUUAGAUCCAGUCGAACUAUCUUAGAACUAGCUCUCCGACACAAUUUUCUGAUUGAUUUAAUUUUUAUUGAAGGAACUUUCCUGUGAAACAGUCAUACACCAAGCCUGAUCAUAACUCAGUUGUUGCUUGUUCUUUAGUUCCUGUUGACGAAUUUUAACUCGCCUGUCCCCGAGUCAGGAGCCUGUAAUUCAGUUGAUGUAGUUGCUGUAUAUAUCAUAUUUGUUUUUCGUUUAUUGCUUUGUCCAUAAAUCAGGCCGUCAGUUUUCUUGUUUAAACUGUUUUACAUAUAAUUUAGUCAUUUUUGGGAUUUUUAUAUCUUGCUAUUUGGUAUGGGUUUUGCUUAUUGUUGAAGGCCGUACGGCGACUUAUAGUUGCUUUUCAUAUUAUCAUCUUUAACCAUAUUUCUAACUUUAUUGGGCUAACAUACAUGUAUUAGCUAGAACAGUUUGAAUAAAGCAAAAAAAUUUGCAACUGUUGUAUAUAUGCAGUUACUAGUUUGAUAUACAAAUAUAUUAAAAAUUGUAUAACUG